GUGGGGGAAGUUCACUGUGCUUUAACCAAAGAAAUUUUAGGAACUUGCCCAGAGCACUGCACACAUCAGACCUACGGUGGACAUUGCAGGCCUGAAGAAAGGAUAUCAUCCUAAAUUACAUUUCUUACUGCAACACGUUUUCUGCUGCCAGAACAACCAUGCAAGGAAUGGAACAAGCCAUGCCAGGGGCUGGCCCUGGAGUGCCCCAGCUCGGAAACAUGGUUGCCUUACAUUCACAUCUGUGGAAAAGGUUGCAAGAGAAGUUCUUGAAGGGGGAACCCAAAGUCCUUGGGGUUGUGCAGAUUCUGAUUGCCCUGAUGAACCUUAGCAUGGGAAUCAUAAUGAUGUGUGUUGAAUUUAUGUCUUAUAGACAACGUUCCAUUUCCUUCUAUGCUGGGUACACAAUUUGGGGAUCAGUGAUGUUUGUUAUUUCAGGAUCCUUGUCAGUUGCCGCAGGAAUUAGAACUACAAAAGGUCUGGUCAGAGGUAGUCUAGGAACGAAUAUCACCAGCUCAGUCUUGGCUAUCUCAGGGAUCAUAAUCAAUGCAAUAAGCUUGAUGUCUUAUCUAUUCCGUUACCACUACUGUGGCUACAAUCAGUUGUCAAAUAAUUGUUAUUUGACUUUGUCCAUUUUAAUGGGUAUGGAUGGCUUGGUGCUCCUCUUAAGUGUGCUGGAAUUCUGCAUUGCUGUGUCCCUCUCUGCCUUUGGAUGUAAAGUGGUCUGUUGCAGCCCUGGUGGGGUUGUGUUAAUUCUGCCACCAAAUUCUCACAUGGCAGAAAUAGCAUCUCCCGAACUACUUAAGACAGUUUGAUACCACCAAAAGAUCAACAGAAGAAUGCUCCAGAAAUCUAUGCUGACUGUAACACAAGAACCCCACAGGAGAAAAUACCAGAAUCCAACUCCGAUACUGAUAGAUAUAUUGAUAUCAUUAUUUUAUGUAAUCCAAUUAUGAACUCUGUGUGUAUGCAUAUAUGUAUAUCAAUUCAAAAUCAUGUUCUCAUUUUUUCUCCUGGUAUUCAAAAACUCAUUUCACUGACUGUUUUUUGAGAGCACUAGAGCUAAAAUAAAUAAAUAAUGCAUUUAAUGAGG